UUCGUCGCGCUGCACCAAAACGUCAAAGCAAAGAACUCGCGAGAGAAAAAAAAACACGCCGCCUGUCUGCAGCUGAACACAAAAUCGAAUGUGGUGAUCGCGUGUGCUUGCUUUCUUAGAUUUUCCUUUACUUUCUCAAGGGUCAUGGCCUCUGGAGCUGCCGCCGCCGCCACAUCGCGUUCGCUGAAAAUCUUCGUCGGAAACCUGCCCUGGACAGUGGGACACCGGGAGUUGCGUAACUAUUUUGGCCAGUUCGGCAAAAUCAGCUGGGCUCAAGUGAUCUUCGACCGUCGCACCGGUGUGUCCAAGGGAUACGGAUUCGUGUCGUUCCAGAAGCGGACGGCGCUCGAAAAUCUGGACAAGAAGCAGAAGCAUGUGCUAGAACAGUCGCCGAUUUUCUACCAACAGUCGGAAUAAGGAGGGAAGCUGUUGGUGUGUUUGGUGAAUGUGAGUGAUUGUGGAAGUGGGACUUAGAUUGUUAUUUAGUUAGUUUAGUUUCGAAAAUGUCUGAUUUGGAAGACGAAGUAGACUUGCUGGAGGAGGAAUUUACGAGGGCGACGAAGUUUAUCGAGGGGAGUCAUGAUCAAUUCGAGCAAAAGCAUCUGCUGAAGUUCUACGGGUUCUAUAAGCAAGCGACUAGUGGAAAGUGUAAUGUGCCGAAGCCGGGGAUAUUCAAUAUUUCCGGUCGGGCCAAAUGGUCAGCCUGGAACGAGCUAGGAACUUUGACCAGAGAAGCAGCCAUGCAGGGGUACAUCCAGCAUUUAAGUAGUUUGAAGCCGGAGUGGAAUCAGCACGGCGACGGCGAUGGGUUCAAACCCAAAGGGACGUCGUGGGUAUCAGUUUCGACCUUUGCCCAGGAAGAGGAUGAUCUCGAAGCGGGGGAGAAAACCAUAAUUGACUUUAUCAAAGAAGGCAAUCUGGAGGAAGUGAGGAAAGCAGUAACCAGUGAUGAAAUUGAGGCGGUCAUCAAUGAACUGGACGAUGAAGGCCUGGGGAUGAUCCACUGGGCUGCCGACCGAGGGAAUAUCGAUAUUCUCCAGUUGAUCACCAAAGUGCCUGCGGCCAAUGUUAAUCUGCGGGAUUCCGGCGGACAAACUGCCCUCCAUUAUGCAUCGAGCUGUGGAAAUCACCAAUGUGUGCGGUUGCUGGUGGAUUCCGGAGCGGAUAGGACCGUGCCAGACGACGAGGGAGAAACCUGUUUGGAUGUGGCUUUCGAUGACGAAAUUAAAGCGAUGCUGAUGUGAGUACCACGAA